AUGUCCCUUCAAGAAGCAAUAGCAGCUGAUAAUGUCAAUGAGCUCUACAGUUCAAUUGAGCGGGACGAAAAUAUCUUAGAUCAUGGAUCUGAGGGCCCAUUCCCCAAUACUCCACUACACGAUGCCGCAGACAAGGGAAAAACAAAAGUGGCCAUGGAGAUAGCCAUCUUGAAGCCAUCGUUUGCUCGAAAGCUGAAUCGAGGGGGUCACAGCCCCAUGCACUUGGCUUUGCACAAGAAGCAUUAUCACACUGCGAUGGCACUUAUGACCCUCGACCCCAAGUUGAUUCGAGUCCGAGGACGAGGCGGGAUCACCCCUUUGCAUUUUGUAGCCGGGGAAAAAGGAGAGAAUGAGCAGGAGGACGUGGAGCUCUUGGAACUCCUGACCGAAUUCCUAUCUACUUGUAAAUCAUCCAUCGAAGACUUGACGGGCCAGUGUGAGACAGCGGUUCACGUUGCCCUCAAGAACCACAACCUCGAAGCAUUCAAGGUUUUGUUUGGAUGGCUUAAGCGAGUCCGUCUGACAAAAAUCUUGGAUUGGAAAGACCAAGAUGGUAACACCGUCUUACAUAUUGCUGCAUCCGGAGAGCAGCUCGAGAUCAUCAAUAUGUUGAUGUGGUAUACGAAAGUAAAUGCGAAGAACGUCCAGAAGAGGACGGCUCUGGACAUCUUCCAAGAGAAUCCUCAUUUUAAUGAAGAUGUUGCGAAGAGUUUACACCUAAGAUCUACUCCUGCCCUCCCUCUAUCACAGUUUUUUAGCAAGGAACUAACUGCCUUUGAGGAGUACUCAAAGUCUCAGGGCAUCGAAGAUGAAGCGACUCGCAACAUAAUCCUUGUAGUGGCUACCUUAGUUGCGACUGCCACUUACCAAGCCGUGCUCACUCCGCCAGGAGGAUACUGGCCGGAUUCCUCUUCAAAUCCCCUGGCCAAUUCCUCUGUCGUUACUUCCAAUUCCAGCGCCAUUAUUGCUAUUGAAAAGCCACAUCAAGCCGGAAACAUUAUACUGAGUGGCGCUUAUCUCUAUAUGUUCGUAUAUCUCAACAGCGCCGCUUUUUUCGUCUCUGUCGGCUCCAUCAUGGUCGCUGCUGUUUCACUAUGGCCCCAUACUCUCAUUGUUUACUACGCUUUAACUUGUCUCAGCGUUGCCUACUGUGUUUCCCUUGUGAUUGAAUUCCCCGCAUCCGAUGGGGCCAUAGGAUCUCUCCUGUUUCAGUUUCUUUUGUUCUUUCUGCUCAUCACGUUUAUGUUGCCCUGGCAUUUCUGGCGAAAGCACAUCCGAGUUGUAUCCGAAGUCGAUGCUACAAGGAGACGACAGCUCAGCAACAUCCCAGGAUUAAAGGAAUAA